CGGGACGGGAACGGCGAGCCUCGGGCGCAUGCGCAGAGGAGGCCCCGCCCAGGAGGCUGUCAGAGCCCGCCGGGAAGCCGGGGGAACGCUGGGCCGCGUCGGAGCUGAGGCUUCAGAGUCUCCAAGGACUUUGUCUACUCACAUCACCCUAGUGAUGGCACAAAGGGACUGUUUUCUUACUUUUAAUCUUAAUGACUGCCGAGAAGGAAGAUGAAGGUAGAGCAAUUGAUUCUACUGCUUUCCUCAUAGCUUCAGAUCUCAGACUUUAUAAACCUCCUUCUGAGCCCAAGGAUAAAGCCUACCCGAACAAAUGAUUUUGCAUCAUGAAUGAAAAAUCUUGCUCUUUCCAUAAUGAGCAAGAAUUAAGAGAUGGACAGGUUGAAGGCAUGUUGGAUGGCUCUUCUUCGCACAACAAGGACAGCAGUGCUCUUGCAGCUUUCAGAGGAAUUCCUAUCUCAGAGUUGAAGAACCAUAGCCUUCUCCAGGCCCUGAGAGCUGAAGCCAAUGGAUGGGAGCCAGCGGUUGUGAGUGCUGAGGUGCUCAAAGCCCAAGAAGAAUGGGAAGCUGUGGACACCAUCCAGCCAGGCCCAGGUAUCUUCCUUUUUGCCCCUGGGAGCCAGGCCAGCUCAGACCAGCCUGGACAGCUCGUCUCCUUCAGUGAAGCUCUGCAGCAUUUCCAGACUCUGGACCUCUCCUCCUUCAAGAAAAGAAUCCAGCCAACCGUUCGAAGAACUGGGUUCGCUGCCCUCCGGCACUGCCUCUUCGGGCCUCCAAAGCUCCACCAGGGUCUUCGGGAAGAAAGGGACCUGGUCCUGACCAUAGCUCAGUGUGGUUUGGACAGUCAAGAUCCAAUGCAUGGACGAAUCCUCCAGACCAUCUACAAGAAGCUGACAGGCUCCAGGUUUGACUGUGCCCUCCACGGAGACCACUGGGAGGACCUGGGCUUCCAGGGAGCAAACCCAGCCACGGACCUGAGAGGGGCGGGCUUUCUUGCCCUCCUGCAUCUGCUGUACCUGGUGAUGGACUCAAAGACUUUACCUAUGGCCCUGGAGAUUUUACGCCUGUCUCGUCACCAUAUCCAGCAGUUUCCUUUCUGUUUGAUGUCCGUGAAUAUCACACGCAUUGCCAUCCAGGCCUUGAGGGAGGAGUGUCUCUCCAGGGAGUGUAAUCGGCAGCAAAAGGUCAUCCCCGUGGUAAACAGCUUCUACGCCGCCACUUUCCUCCACCUGGCACAUGUGUGGAGGACCCAGAAAAAGACCAUCUCAGACUCAGGCUUUGUCCUCAAAGACUUGGAAGCACUGGCCAAGAAGAGCCCGCGGCGUCUGCUCAGGACCCUGGACAUCUACCUGGCCCAGGUCUCGAAGGGCCAGGCCUCCUUGUUGGGAGCCCAGAAGUACUGUGGGCCUCAGGGCCCUAACUCCAAGGAUCUCACCUUCACUGGUGUGUGCGACCUGCAGCCCCCCUCCUCCGAAGGUGCAGGACUGAUCUGACCAAACCCACAGACAGACGGGUGGAAAGACGGCGGCUGUGCCACAAGUACUUUCAGAAGGUCUGUGGCACGGCCAAGCCCCAUACUGCCUCAGCAGGUGAGAUUAGGAAGCUCCUGGAUUUGGUUAGAGAAAGCCAAGGACCCUCACCAGCCUGGAAUGUUCUGGGCCACUAGACUUGACCCCUUCUCUGAACCACAGAGAAUUCUGUCUUAUUCCCAGCUGGGGUCCAGUCUACAGCGUUGAAUUCCAGGUAUCUCAAUAACAGAGAACAGAUCAGGAGGUAGGACAGCCCCAUCAGGCAUUCCCAUAACCCCAUCUGGAAAGAAACUCCCCAGUAGAAGAAGCUAGAAUUCCAACUUCCUAACAGCAGUUAGGCUCCGCUGUUUGGUUGGAAUUCCAAGAGGAAAAAUAUAGUAAUGGCUGCAGCCAGCAGAGGUCAGCAUAACCUAGAUGAAACCUCUGGCUGGGCAUGCUUUCCCCUCCAGCCCCCGCAUUAUCAGGGCCCCCUGGGCUUCCAUCCUUACACGCAUCCAGCCUUCUCUCGCCCCCUCCCUCCUCCAUUGUUUGUGAUGGAGAAAUGGACACGCAGCUAGUCUAGGAUCCCUGUGGCUGCCCUGUCCUAACCACUCCAGGCUGGAGCCUCUGGUGGAAGCUGACCCUUCCCUUGAGGAUGGUGUUCUAGUCUGGGUGGAUGAAGCACAUUCACAUAAACACCAGCAGUUUUUAAAUAAAGGAGUUGUUGUAGUA